GACCGGAAUCUACACUCUAAAUAAAGUUGUGCACAACCAGUUGUGCAAAAGAAAAUUGGUAAUUUUUGCAAGAAAUUUGGCCAAUAAAUAGUUGUAACGGAGUCAAAAUUUACACAACGGGAUUGUGUAAUUUUAGUUUGCACUUAUGUUGGUCUAAAUUUGUCUUCGUGUUGGCUAAAAUUAUUUUUGGUGAUUAUUGGGUAAAGAUUACUAAUAAGUUGGCCAAUUUUUAAGCAAAAGUUGUGUAAAUUUCCGUUUACACAAUUGUUGGGUAAAAUUUAACCAACAGUUUGGGGUAAUAUUGGACAACAAGUGGUUAAAAAAAGUUUGCUCAGUAUGCCACCACCAAACGCCACCGCGAGGUGGAAGACUUGAAAAUAACGACCGAGUUGAAGAGAUUAUAAUUUAUUCACCACUUAAAAUUUUAUAAUUAAUUAUAAAACUAAUCAAACAUGACAGAACUAUUAGAAAGUGCUCUGCAUAAUUGUGCUCUCACGCAUUAUCUUGAGAAGUUUAAGGAUAAUGACGUCGACGACAACGUCUUGAAGACUUUGACGGAUUGUGCCGCUGGGUCCAUGGAGGAGCGUCUCUUAGCUGAAAUUGUACCAUCGGUUGGUCACCGACUAAAGUUAAUUGCAGCUGUUAGAGAGGUUAGUCAGUUGAGGUCAAGCAAAUUAAAUUUACAACGUUUUUCUUGUAGUAUUUGCGGAAGUUAUUUUGCCUCUUUUAAAGAUUAUUGGAUUCAUGUUAGAGAUGUACACGAGAUUACUGGAAACAAUGGGAGGGUUAGAUUAAAUUGUCCAUUAUGUUCAAUGGUUUUUACUUGCUCUUUUAAUCUUAAGAAACAUGUUGAAAGACAGGUUUGUCCAGUGAUUAGAUCAUUUUUCUCAAAUUAUACGCACACAGAAAAUAUUGAUGAUGUAAAUACAAUGUCAAACAUAAAUCAGGAAAUAUUUUCACCCCAGCAAAUUCAGGAAGUAAAUGCCGACUAUAAACUUAUUUUUGUUAAGUCAUUACAAAUGUCAGGAGGAAUUUCUUUAUCAAAGUGCAAUAACAUUCUUUGCGCUGCUAACUCUUUAGUUAAUAGUAUUAUUGAAAUUGCAAAACAGUUGUCUAUCAAAAUCACAAGCCCAGAACUAGUUGUGACAAAAUUAAAUACAUUGAAAGACCCAUUUCCAAGUAAUAAUUCUUCUCAGUAUCAAAUUGAAAAACUUUUAAGAGAAGGGUCGCUUUUAGUUGACCCGAAAGAAAUAAGGUUAGGGUCACACUUUAAAUACAAUAGAAGUUCUGGUUUGAUGAUGGAAAAGUUUGACAAUUCCUACCAAUUUCCAUUGUCCGAAACGCUCCCCCUUAUUCUUUCUAAAAAAUUUGAUAACACAAAUUAUCAAGGGCAAAAUUCAAAUACAGAAAUUUUUGAAAAUUUUAUGUCAGGAAAAUUAUUUCGAAGUUUCGAAAAUAAUCCUUUGUGUUUGCAAAUUUAUUAUGAUGAUGUAGAAAUAUGUAACCCGUUAGGAUCCAAAGCCAAAAUUCAUAAACUUGCAAUGUUUUAUUUUACUAUUUCCAAUUUUCUUCCACAUUUAAAAGUUCAGUUACAUAACAUUUUUCCACUUUUAAUUGUAAAGUCUAAAUAUUUAAAGGAGUAUGGAAUGAAUUUAAUUCUCAAACCAAUUGUAAUUGAAUUAAACUCCUUACACAUAAAUUCCACCAGAUUAAGGUUUUUAUCAAAGACUCCAUUUACACAUGUACAAGUACUUCAAUUUUGUGGCGAUAAUCUUGGUUUGCAUACACUAUUUGGGUUCACAGAAAGUUUUAACGCAAAUUUUAGAUGUAGAUUUUGUAAGAUGGGUAAGCAGCAGACUUUCACUGCCAUUGAGGAAGUAAUCGCACAAAGACGAAGCCUAGAAGACUAUGAAAAUGAUUUACAAAUUAAUAAUGUUAGCUUGACAGGUAUUAGGGAAGGGACUAUUUUAAAUGAUAUUAAAGGUUUUCACAUUACAUCCAACUUUGCUCCAGAUAUUAUGCAUGAUGUACUGGAGGGCAUUUGUAUAACGGAAUUAAAACUGUUUUUAAAGCAUGUGUGCCAAAACGGCUUUUUCUCUCUUACAGAAAUUAACCACAGGAUAUCAUCGUCCAUUAAAAGUUAUUCUCAUUCCAUUUCCAAAUUACCAGAAAUUGACAUCGGUUUUGUUGAAGGAGACAAAAAAACCUGCUUUUCUGCAUCGGAAAUGAGCCACUUUUUCUUAAUUUUCCCCGCCAUAUUUGGUGAUAAAUUGUCUAACGACGAUAAGCAUUAGAUUUUAGUUUUACGGUUACGUAGG